AUGCAACUCGCAUUCUAUCCACCACCCUUCGCUUCCCCGUCUGUGCCGUUCCCAUAUCCGGAUACAGUGUCUCGAUCUGGCUCCGCAGCACCACCUGAUGAUGAGCGGACGAAAUUGCUUGAGAAAGUCUCGAGUGUCCUGCCUGAUAUUAAUCGCUUGCUGCACUACUAUCAGGAAAGUCAAGGGCUUCUAUCCGAGAAAGACCUUCUCGUUAAGCAAGCUGAGUCACAACAUAACGAAGAGGUCACCAAGCUGAGAAUUGAACUGAGCGCCUCCAAAGAAGAGUACGAACGCAUUAUAGGGGAGCAGGCUCGUGAAAAUGUGAAGCUGAAGAGCGAGAUCGUCGAACAGACCGAGAAGAUCUUGCUCCUUGAGGGAAAAUCUCAGGAGUUGGCUGAAGCAAACGAGGAGGUUGCCAAUUUGAAGCUGAAAUGCGAGUCUUUGGAGAGUGAGGUCGAGAACAGCCGUUCUAUGAAUGAGCAGCUGACUGCAGAGAAAGAUGACCUGGAGAACCAACUCCAAGCUGUCAAGGACCAAUUUAAUGACGAACGGGCACAGUAUGAACGGUCACAAACGGACUUGAUACGAGCUCAUGAAAAACAAAUGGCGGAAAGAGAAGAUGUUCAUGCCAAGUUAGUGAGUGAACACAGGGCUGGCCUUUCAAAGCUUCAGCUUGAUUUGGCAGGAAUGAUAACGAAGCAUUCGCAACAGAGGAAAGAUCUAGAUUCCGCUCGAGCAAUCAUCUCCGAGCAUGAACAGUCCUUGGCGGCCAGAGCCAAAGAGCUUGCUGAUUCCGAGCGAUCUCACAAGAGUGAAUUGGAGGCGAGGAAUCAGGUUGUAGAGGAGAUGGCAGAGCAACACAAGCAGGCGAUAGCGGUUCUGUCGCAGAAGUUGACUCAAUCCAUCGGAAGGCAGAAAGACGAACUGACGGCGUUGCGGGAAGGACACCAAAAAGAGAUUGGACAAUUACGAAAAGCAGCGGAAGGACGAUUAUCAGAGACGAUCACCAGGCACAAGCAACGUGAGGUCCAGCUCCAAGGUGAGCUGGAUGCCCUUCGGUCUGCGCUCGAAGAGCUUAAGGAGGACGUCGAAGAGCACCGUGAUGCCAAUGACAGCUUAAGGACCGAACUGGCGACGGUACAGAAGGCUCACCAAGCGCUCCAAACCACGCAUGAGAUGACCAGCAAGCAUCAUGCUGAAUUGGAGGAAACUAUGGUGUGUCUGAGAGAUAAACAGGCUCAAUGGCAACGAGAAAGUGAGCGAAUGGAGCGCAUUAUACGAAGCCUUGGGCAGAUCCGCGCCAGCAAAGGGAAGGGGGACGAGUUCUUUGUAAGUGCUUUCAACGAGCUAGCAUUGUCGGUGGAGGAAAUUUCGAAGCAACUCGUCCAUGAUCAGCCAUAUCCAGAUCAUGCUCUGGUGCAAAUGGCUCAACUCAGUGGUCUUCCUGAUAUAACAGGCAUGACGGCGGCAGCUCGGGGUCUUCGUUCCCUUCUCGUCCAGAACCAGAUAUUCCGAGUGCUGCAGCAGAGGAUCUUUCAGCCAUUCUUGUUCACAUCAUUACACGAGCAGUGUGACAGGUGCAACUUGGAGACGUGCCUGUCUAGGGUAUCGACGAUGAUUAGUGUGAAGAGUGUCCACCGAGAAGCAAUAUGGAGAGCAAUUGCUAUGCGGUCACUCUAUACCAGCCCCUAUGGGCGCAAGGCCGCGAGCACAAUCGCCACGUCUGUCAGCAAGGAGAUUGUCGACAAGCUACAAUCCAUGACACUGGCCAAGCGUCUUCCAGUGUUAACGACAGCCGUCCGGUCAAUUGCCAAGGCAGCAGUUGAGCUCUGGCGGCAAGUUCGGAUAGAAUGGGCGGCUAUCCUUUCUAGCAUGCCUCCUAUGCUCAAGAUGGAGGGAACAUCGAGCUCAACUGAUGCCAUGCUCUGGAUCCGACCGCAUAUCUUCCGGGAAGGACUUAGGAGUGUCGACGACGACGUCCCGGACGCCGGUUCACCGAAGAGAUUGCCGACAGCACGCUGCACCUACCUUCAGGGGAUUGCACUGUGUCAUGACUCGCCAAUAGUCCUUGCAAGGCGUCAGGAAGUGAUGGCAGGCGACGGAGGACGGGGGUGA